AUGUUUAUUUCUGCAGUGAUAUCUCCAUCUUCAUCUAAACUAAAGACUAGGAGUUCGUCUCCUAUGGCGUCUUCUUCCUUAUUCUUUUUCCUUGGAGGGAUUGUUGUGCUUAUAGUAUUAUUGAUUAUCAUAGCAAUCUACUGGAAAAUUAUCAAGCCAUCAAGGAUGAUGAGAUUUCUGUUAAAGUUUUUGUCUCUUGCAGCAUCGCCAGAUUUCUUUAGUGGGAACCUACGAACUAUAAGCUAUUUUGAUUUCAAGACAUUAAAGAGGGCAACCAAGAAUUUUCACCCUGAUAAUCUCCUUGGAAGAGGUGGAUUUGGGCCUGUCUACAAAGGAAAGUUACGAGAUGGAAGAUUGGUUGCUGUGAAAAGACUGUCUGGUGACAAAUCCCAACAAGGAGAAUCAGAAUUUCUUGCAGAGGUGAGGAUGAUCACAAGUAUCCAACACAAGAAUUUGGUUCGACUACUGGGAUGUUGCUCGGAUGGGGCUCAACGACUGCUUGUAUAUGAAUUUAUGGAGAAUGGUAGCUUGGAUCGCCUCAUUUAUGGAAAAAGUGAUGUCUUCUUGAACUGGGACACUCGGUUUCAGAUAAUAGUAGGCAUAGCUCGAGGGCUGCAGUAUCUGCAUGAGGAUUCGCAUCUAAGGAUUGUUCACAGAGAUAUCAAAGCAAGCAACAUUCUUCUUGACGACAAGUUUCAACCUAGGAUUGGAGAUUUUGGCCUGGCUCGCUUCUUUCCUGAGGACGAAGCUUACCUCAGCACUACAUUUGCUGGAACUUUAGGUUACACAGCUCCUGAAUAUGCCAUUAGGGGAGAAUUGUCUGAAAAAGCAGACACAUAUAGCUAUGGAGUUCUUGUGCUGGAAAUCAUUAGCUGCAGGAAGAAUACCGAUCUUACUUUGCCAUCAGAAAUGCAGUACCUUCCGGAAUAUGCAUGGAAGUUGUACGAGCGGUCACGUGUACUUGAUCUGGUGGAUCCGAGAAUGAGACAAGAUGGGUUGCUUGAGAAAGAUGUGUUGCGGGCAAUAAAUGUAGCCUUCUUCUGCCUUCAGCCUCAUGCAAACCUAAGACCUCCCAUGUCUGAGAUUGUUACUAUGUUAACCUGCAGGGUUGAAAUGGUCGGAACACCAAUGAAACCAACCUUCUUGGACCGAAGGCGAAAGAAGAAGAAUGAAAGCCAGUCUUGCAGCUGGGAUACUAUGCCUGAGCCUUUCCCUUCCCCGCUAGAAAGUGAUCAGUCUACGCAAUCAUCUCAGCUGCCACAUUAA